GAGCACAAACUUCUAGAAGCUUGCUAUUGCGCCACACCAAGCUACUCCGUCCUUGCUCGUCACUCCCCCAAGGCGGCUACGUGCUGCGUCACUGCACUUACAGACGUGCAGGCGUGACCGCGUCCUUCCAGGCGAGAUGAGACUUUCACCGUAGUGAUUAGCUGUCAGACAGGUUCCCAAGAGCUGGACGUUAUUCACGUCGCGGGACGAUUGAGCAGCGGUCCGGGGUUGCGGUUUUUGUUAAGUAAAGCGGGAGUGUGGGGCGGAAUGCCCUUUGAGACACUGUCUGUCACGGGGGGCAGCGCGAUGAAGACAUUGCCCUACUUCUGCCGGGGUGAGGUGGUCAAGGGUUUCGGCAGAGGCUCCAAGGAGCUCGGCAUUCCCACAGCUAACUUUGCUGAAAAAAUAGUGGACAGGCUUCCUGCUGACAUAUCUACAGGUAUUUACUAUGGUUGGGGCCAAGUGGGAAACGGUGAAGUUUACAAGAUGGUCAUGAGUAUUGGCUGGAAUCCUUUCUACAAAAACACCAAGAAAUCUAUGGAAACUCAUAUAAUUCAUGAAUUUGAUAAAGACUUCUAUGGAGAAAUUCUCAGUAUAGUGAUUGCCGGCUACAUACGACCAGAAAAGAGUUUUGAUUCCCUUGAUGCAUUAAUUUCUGCAAUUCACAGCGACAUUGAGGAAGCCAAGAAACAGCUAGAACUACCAGAAUUCCAAGCCCUUCGAGAUCGUUUCUUUUGCAGUCCAUCACAUAAAAUAAUGAACGGUCAUUGACUACUGCCUUCUAUUCAUUGCUGCACUACAAGAUUUCCUUGCUCUCUCCCUUUUGGUACAAAUGUGCGCCAGUCAAAUGUUUAAGCCUUGCAUACAUUAAUGCUUAUUUAUUUUCAUCCAUUUUAUAACAAGAGUUCCCUAAACUCGUGUAUUUAAAUAAAGGGAUAUACCUUGCCAAGUCUAGUCACAUCAGUGUUAGUGAGUAAGAUUAGAAGGCACUUUUUGUUUCCUCAUUCCGGUUUUGUACAUUACUUUUAAAACCACUGUUUUUGUUGGUAGAGAUGCAGCUGUCUACUGAGGAGGAAUAUGAACGGGAGAAGAGAAUGUUGUCUGUGAUUGGAAGGCAGCAGUUUCCUCCACUGCUGCGGCAACUUGUGUUGUCUUUUAUUCCAUUUAACCUAGGGGGUUAUCUAUUGAAGUUCAAGUUUUGUUUCUCGGAAAAUUUGUGUUUUUCCAGGUUAGUUUCACUAAAAAAAAAAAAAAUUUGGGGGGGAAUGCAAACUAUUCUAGAUUUAUUAUGCCCCCAAAGCUGUUAAAAGCCCAAAUCCAAAAAUACUCCAACUAAAACGUCGAAUUCAUGUAAAAGUCAAUGGCAGAGGUCCCUUUUUUGCCUUCACAAUUUUCGGUCGUUUGCUGGUUUUUGCUCAAACUCAAUAAAUCCAAGGUUUUUAGUAUAUAAACUUGAUAAAUUCAAUGUAUUUGAGUUUUUUCAGAUUUUUUCAUAAAUAAACAAGUUUACCUAAAUUGUGAGUUUGUUCGUGGUAGAAAAAAACUCUCCCUUUAAUAAAUAACACCCCAACUGUUCAAAAUACAAAAAUGGCCAUACAGUGGAUAUAGACAAAAUGGCAUUAAAAUAAAUGCCUGCUCGGUUUCAACCAGCCUUCCAAUAAAAUAGGCCGUUAUUUUCUACUCCUGUUUUCCUAUCCCAGUAUUGGAUUAAAAUGUUGGAGCAAAACACUUGAACAAUGCAUAUUGUUUCCUGUAAUUACAAUGAUUUUGAAAUACUGAAAACUUUUAAGUUUGCUCUAAGUCAUACUGUAUUUAAUUACAUUAAGCCCAAAAUCCCCCUGUAGUGUUCUUACCAUGUUGCCUUGAUGGUUCUUAAAUAAAAAGGUGGAAGGCUCUCUCUUUUUUGAAAGACAGAUAACCAAACAUUUCUAGAAUCUUAUAAGCAACCCAGUACAUUGUAAAUGGGCAAAACAAGUAACUUGUCCAAUUGAAGUUGGCAGGACCACUAGACUUGAAUCCUUUUCUACUGGAAACUCAGACUGUGAACAAUGGGUUGCCCAAUAGGCCUCUUGAUACGGAAAUCAUUAACAUGAAUGCAUGUGUGUGUGGCACUACAUAUGGCAACUGUCCUUGUAUCUGCACAUUAGUUAUAUGCUUAUGUAUUCAGAUCAGGAUCUGCAACAUGGGUUUAAGUUUCCUUUCCAAA